UCUGUACAAGGACGUCAUGAUGGAGAACCACCAGCCCCUCACAUCACCAGGAAUAUCCAGUAAGAGAAGAACACCAGAGAGAUGUCCCAGUCCUCAUCCUCCACAGGAUCAUCAGCUUUUGAAUGUGGAUAAAGAACUGAGUAAUAUUAAUUCUACAGAGACAUAUGUGAGCGGUGAUGACCAGCGUAAGGAAGACAUUUCUACAGAGACAUAUGUGAGGGGUGAUGCCCAGCGUAAGGAAGACAUUUCUACAGAGACAUAUGUGAGGGGUGAUGCCCAGCGUAAGGAAGACAUUCCUACAGAGACAUAUGUGAGGGGUGAUGACCAGUGUAAGGAAGACAUUUCUACAGAUAACCACCCAGAUGACUGUAUCGGGAGCUCAGAGGGACAUCUGAUCUCUUCAGCUUUUAAAGCAAAUGGUCAUAGUCUAGCACAAGACACAUAUGAAGACCAUGCCACUAUCUCGGAUAUACCCUCAGCUCUUCACAGCCCAAAUUGCUCAUUUGAUCCAUCUAAACCUCUUCUAUCUUCUAGUUCAUCACAAACUGUAAAGCAGAAUCAAAGUCACAGAAGGGGUAUUAAAGAACAAAGAAUGCACACAAGGAAGAAGACAAUUUCAUGCUUACAAUGUGGGAAAUGUUUUACUUGUAAAUCACAACUUGUUGAACAUCAAAAAACUCACACAGGGGAGACGCCAUUUGCAUGUGAAGAAUGUGGGAAAUGUUUUACACACAAAACAACACUUGUUGGACAUCGAAGAAUUCACACAGGAGAGAAGCCAUUUUCAUGUUCAGAAUGUGGGAAAUGUUUUACACACACAACAACACUAGUUGGACAUCAAAGAACUCACACGGGAGAAAAGCCAUUUUCAUGCCAAGAAUGUGGGAAAUGUUUUACUUGGAAAUCACAUCUUGGAAACCUGUGA